AUGGCUGUCCAGGAAAGCAGACCAAACAACACCAUCUACAUCAACAACCUCAAUGAAAAGAUAAAGAAGGAUGAGCUGAAGAAAUCUCUCUAUGCAAUCUUCUCCCAGUUUGGCCAGAUCCUUGACAUCCUGGUGUCACGCAAUCUGAAGAUGAGAGGGCAGGCUUUUGUCAUCUUUAAAGAAGUUAGCAGUGCAACAAAUGCCUUGAGGUCAAUGCAAGGAUUCCCUUUUUAUGAUAAGCCAAUGAGAAUACAGUAUGCAAAGAGUGACUCCGACAUCAUCGCCAAAAUGAAAGGUACUUUUGUGGAGAGAGAUCGAAAGAGACAGGAGAAGAGAAAAGGAAAGGGACAAGAGGCUGCUGCCGCUAAGAAAGCCAUUCCAGGAGCACCUGUUGUUCAAGGCAUGCCAGGGCAGAUGCCAGGUAUGGCAAACAUCCCAGGAAUGACACAGGCUCCUCGUAUGAUGCACAUGCCUGGACAGACGCCAUACAUGCACCAUCCUGGAAUGAUGCCACCACCAGGUAUUGCUCCUGGUCAAAUUCCACCUGGUGGCAUGCCCCAUGGUCAGAUGAUGCCAGGACAGAUGGCACCAAUGCAGCCGAUAUCCGAAAACCCACCAAACCACAUUCUUUUCUUGACCAACCUCCCGGAAGAGACCAACGAGUUGAUGCUCUCUAUGCUCUUCAACCAGUUCCCUGGCUUCAAGGAAGUCCGUUUAGUUCCCGGACGGCACGAUAUCGCAUUUGUGGAGUUUGACAAUGAAGUUCAGGCCGGAGCUGCUCGAGAAUCUCUACAGGGAUUCAAGAUCACACAGAGCAAUUCAAUGAAGAUUUCAUUUGCCAAGAAGUAG